GUGAGCUUGCAGCAGCAGUAACAGGGAGCUAGCCGGCUGUUGUGUGCUGUCUAAACGUAUUUACUCCGUCUUACACACCUUUACGUGUUGUUACGUUACAGUCAUGCUGAAGUCCGUUGUCCGUGUGGUGGGAGCCGCUGUUCGCAUUUGCUCAGCCACGACGUCCACAGCCCGAGCGCUGCCACUCAGCUGCCCCACACUGUGCGCUCCUAGCUCGGCGACAACUCGGCCCUUCACCCGGUCUCUCUGGAUGCUGAACAGCAAAGGAGCCUCGUCGGACUACCGGCCCAAGCUGUUCAGCGCUAAAGCAUUGAACCCCUUGGUGUCGUGUGGAUGUGGAGGGCUGCACACAGAAGGUGACAAAGCAUUUGGCGCUUUCCUGUCUGAUGAAAUCAAAGAGGAGGCAACGAUCCAGAAAAGCAAGACCCUCCCUAAGAUGUCUGGAGGAUGGGAGCUGGAGAUGAACGGCACGGAGGCCAAACUCUCGAGGAAUGUUGCUGGAGAAAAAAUCACUGUCACAUUCAAUGUCAACAACAGUAUCCCUCCGAACUUUGAGGAGGAGGCAGCAGAUCAAGGACGGCAGAAGUCGGCAGCACCAGAAGAAGAGGAAGAUAUUGUGUCGACGCCCAACUUUGUUGUCGAAGUAACAAAACAGGCUGCAAAACAUUCCCUCGUGUUUGACUGCCAUUUCCCUGAAGACGAGAUGAGUCACGGUGAAGGAGAGGAGGAGAGCGACAUCUUCGCCAUUCGCGAGGUUAGCUUCCAGCCCGAAGGCGACACCGACUGGAAGGAGACCAGCUACACGCUCAGCACGGACUCUCUGGACUGGGCCCUGUACGACCACCUGAUGGACUUCCUGGCCGACCGGGGGAUCGACAACACCUUCGCCGACGAGCUGAUGGAGCUGAGCACUGCCGCCGAGCACCAAGAGUACAUCAAGUUCCUGGAAGACCUCCAAGGCUUUGUCAAAUGUAACUAAUGCUAGUUAGAUGCUGAAAUUCACUUUCUUCCAUACACAUCCCGGCGAAGUCAGAGGUAUGCAACUCCAGUCAUGUUGCGAGAGACUGAUGACCACUUGCUUUUGUGUCUGUGGCGUGUUGCAGCAGUUGUCACAUUUGGCUGCGAGUGUGUUCUCCUUAUUUAACUGUGAUGUUAUUUUUCUGUAAGUUAAAUGAAAGUUUUAAAUUAAAAUAUACAAAGGUCAUGACUGUACAGAAACCAUCUUUGUUCAUAGCAGGGGCCCUUUGACGUGCUCCAGUCUGUAUUUGGGGAAUAUCCGAACGCCAAUAAAGGGAUAUUUCUCUCGUAUAGUGUGAACUCUAAAACUAAACUCCAUGAAAAUGUUUACAUAAUCAGUGUGUUAACAUGUGAGACCAUCUGGUUCCACAGCUUGAGUCUUCUUGCCUCUCGCUGGCUUUUAAGGGAAUUCACUUUGACUGAUUGUUGAUUUGAUUCACCAUAAAAUGUGAAGUCUAAUUAUGAAUGGCAUGCAUUAGGAUGUCUUCUGAGGAUGUGAGAACGGUGUCCAAUAAAACAGUUUGAUAAUAA